GUCGCAAUUGACCUCGCCAUUCUUUUGCACCCACCAUCCGCGUGUUCCCACGGUUAAUGGGUCUUCAACUACGGCCGGCUAUGGCUCCAGCACUGGAUGUGCAAGCAGAUGUCAGUAUUCAGGGUGAAGAUAGCAUCAAUCCGUGGGAAAAGCUGGCAAGAAAAUACUGGUGGGAUAAGGACACAACAACUGCAAAUGUCAAACCAGAAGUGAUCAAGGCAGCCAUUUGGGAUCCUCUGGAACAAGACUCCUUUCCCUUUCACUCCCUCGCCGUCCUUGAGAACUACCAGAUUCUCGAAAGAUUUCUUUGGCCGACCUUCUCGCCAGACUCUUCCAACCACCAUGUCUUGCUGAUCGUGGUCUUCUUCAAUGUGAAGCAACGGGCCCGUAUCCACGACUGGGCCUUGUUCAACAACCGCCCGGCAGAGUUUUCAACCCUACUUCGUCGAGUCCUCUCUUUGAUCCUCGACUCCUCUCUAUCCAUCUUUUCCCGGUUAUCCCUCCUCCAUUUUGUGCUCGGUGCAUUUCAGUCUUUGGAGAAUGAUCAGGUUCGGAAAGAGUGCGCCCCGCUGGUGUCGAUUGCAACAUGGCAUAAUCUACAUGACGAAAGGACAAGAGAGAGACUUCUGGAGGCGAAUCCAGCAAGGAAAAAAGCAUGGAGGGCCGCUGCGCGAAGAUAUGAUGCGGCCGAUCUAGAGACUCAAAGUCGCCUGCGGUUCGAUCGAGCAUGGCUUUAUACGAUGCUGAUUGAUUUCAUUGCGAGGCUCAACGCGCCAAAGUUGACUCACUCUCAAGAAAUGGUCUACUGUGAGCGCUUUGUGGAAUUCUUGAUCGACCUGACGAGUCAGUUGCCCACCAGGCGUUACACGAAUCCUCUUUUGAAAGACGUCAACAUCAUUCCCAUAAUUCGGAAAUCAAAGCUAUAUGAACGAGAAGAUGCCGUGCUUCUGCAUGACUUGACCAAUCUUCUCGAGCAUUUCCAGUCUUUUGCGAUUGAUGAACUGGGAGGCACGGAAGAAAGUCAUGGUGGCUUGCGCAGAGCACAUUAUCAAGCGUUGGAGAGGCUGCAGCGGGUGGCCCUCCAGAGCUUUGAGGACAAGCUGAAGGUUCUCGCACUAUCGAACUUCGGAUCCAUCGACAAAAGAAGCGAGCUAGAGUCUCACUUUUCUUCGUUGACCGACUCUGAAUUGCAGGAGCUCUGCACGCAGCUUGGGUUUCGAACCAGCUAUCCCCCUGCUGCCGGAAUCGCGGCUUCCCGGGCAAUUAUGAUGGAGACUCUCUUGUCAUCCUUUUCCAAACCUCAAGACUUCCGUGAGGUUGUCACGCAGUUAGCGGUUCUGCCCACAGCUGCCUCACUUUACGAUCCAGCCUUACUAAGAAACGAGCACUAUGAUGGCUCACGCCCACUUGGAUUUCCCAAAUUGAAUUUACAAUAUCUCACCCUUAGCGACUUCAUGUGGCGUUCAUUUCAGCUGUAUCAAGCCGAAGCUUUUUAUGGCAUAAGAAAGGACAUGGAAAGCAUUGUGAAGCGAAUGAAGCCGAAAGUAGGGCGAGACCGGAACACCACAGCAUUUGAAGGCUUCUCGAAAAUGGCUCUUCCGAUCGCAGAGCCCGCAGUCAUUGAAGUUGGUCCUCCGAAGGUUGGGUACCUGAAGCCAAGCUUUGUGCGAGUAGAAGUCAUACUGGAUGUCAGCCACCUUACGGACGGUAUCAGAAGAGAAUGGGACAAUCUUAGACCCCAUGAUGUUGUAUUUCUCCUGGCGGUGAAUGCCACCAACGCUUCUCGACUUCUUACCAAUGGUCACUCUGGCGACGGAGACGACGAACAGAGAAUGUUCACCGGUCUCAGAGCGGCCGAAGUCGUCCAAGUCCUGACCGAUGAUGGGCGAACUCUCAGAGAUACACAAACGAACGGACAUCCUUCAAGGCCUAGACGGAGGCGCCUGCUGCUCGACUUGGACGCGAGUACCUACGAUAGCGACAAGCAGAAACAAGGCCGGGCCAUAUCAGAAAUAGCGUCUCUUAACGUUAUCGCUCGCAGACAAGGGCGAGAAAACAACUUCAAACCUGUUCUGGAGACAAUCCAAGCUUUAGUCUCGUCAGAGACUGUGCUUCCAUCCUGGCUACAAGAAGUCUACCUAGGCUAUGGUGAUCCACAGAGUGCCUCAUUUCCGUCACUUCCGGAUCACAUUGACUCCAUAGACUACCUGGAUACAUUUCUUGAUUGGCAGCAUCUAUUAGACAGCUUUCCGGGGAAGACAGUUGAAACCGGCACUGGUCAGCCUACUCCGCUCGAGCCACCCUACAUCCUUCAACGCGCGACGAACACCUCUACAGAGGCCCCAGCAAACCCGAAGAAGAGACGUCGCGAUCAAAUGGAGCAAGACUCAUCCAUAGUGAAAGUUUCGACCUACAAACCUCGCAACACGGGACCAUAUCCAAUGGAUGCCCCCAGGAAGAACAAGAUUCGCUUCACGGCGAAGCAGGUAGAUGCUAUUGUGUGUGGGACGCAACCCGGUCUGACUGUUGUGGUUGGUCCACCUGGAACGGGCAAGACUGAUGUUGCAACACAAACCAUCAAUUUGCUUUACCACAACUUUCCAUCGGAACGUAUUUUGCUCGUGGCACACAGUAAUCAAGCGCUUAACCAGCUUUUUCAAAAAAUAAUUGCACUCGAUAUCGACCCUCGUCACCUGUUACGUUUGGGCCAUGGUGAGGAGGAGCUUGAUACGGAGGCGUCCUACGGUAAAUAUGGUCGGGUGGAAUCAUUCUUGGAGAAUCGCCAAUUCUAUCUGUCCGAAGUCAACCGUCUUGCCACUUCAAUUGGCGCUGAAGGGGCACAUGGCGCUUCGUGCGAGACUGCCGAUUAUUUUAAUCAGGUCUUCAUCAGACCCGGAUGGCAACGAUUCUGGGAUAUCGUCAACGCAGACAAUGCCACUCUUGAGUCCGUUCUCGGAGCUUUCCCCUUUUACAAAUACUUCAGCAACGCGCCAGUUGGAACGCUGUUUCCUCCUGAUGUCACGAUGGAAGAAGCGCGGGAGAUUGCGUCCGGCUGUCAGUAUCAUAUCGACAAGAUCUUCUCCGAGCUAGAGUCAAUCCGACCUUUCGAGAUCCUACGCGCUGGUCGCGACCAAGCGAAUCACCUCCUGGUCAACGAAGCACGAAUCAUUGCCAUGACAUCAACGCACGCAGCCAUGCGGAGAUCCGAAAUAGCUGAACUUGGCUUCCAUUAUGAUACCUUGGUCAUGGAAGAAGCGGCACAAAUCACUGAAAUCGAAACCUUUAUUCCAUGCGUGAUGCAGAACCCAGAUCCCAAUACUGGCGAAAUGCCCCUGAAGCGAAUUAUACUCAUAGGAGAUCAUCUGCAGAACUCCCCCGUGAUCCAGAACCUGGCUUUGCGCCAAUACGCCAACUUCGAACAAUCCCUUUUUCUACGUCUCGUACGGCUUGGCGUCCCUACCAUCCACCUCGACCAACAAGGUCGUUGCCGUCCUUCAAUAGCCAGCCUCUUUAAGUGGCGCUACAACAACUUGGGAAAUUUGACUCAGCUCGUCUCCCGGCCGGAAUUUUCACGCGCCAACGCAGGCUUCCGCUAUGACUACCAGUUCAUUGAUGUCCCUGACUACCAAGGCAGUGGCGAGCGUGAACCAACCCCACAUUUCAUCCAAAACCUCGGAGAGGCAGAAUACGCAGUGGCAUUGUACCAGUACAUGCGCCUCCUUGGAUACUCGUCGCACAGUAUCUCGAUUCUCGCUACCUAUGCUGGCCAGAGAGCGUUGCUCCGCGACGUGCUGGAGCAUAGAUGCAAAAAUAACUCGCUGUUCGGGAUGCCGAGGAUCGUGACAACGGUCGAUAAGUACCAAGGUGAGCAGAAUGACUACGUCAUUGUGAGCAUGACAAGGACGCGGUCGGUAGGAUAUCUUAGAGAUAUCAGGAGAUUAACUGUCGCACUGUCUCGAGCAAGGCUUGGAUUGUAUAUCCUUGGCCGAAAGGAGCUCUUUGCAAGCUGCUUUGAGAUGAAGCCUGCCAUGGAUAUCUUAUCGCGAAGGCCGAAUAAACUGGUUGUGACCACUGGGGAGAUGUUUCCUACUGCUCGCUUGCUCGAGGAGGAGGUGGAAGAUACCUCGGAGAUGGAAGGCGUGGAGCACCUGGGCCAAUAUGUGUACGAAAUGACCAAGGCAAAGGUCAAGGCUUUGGGCGGACAGGUCAAUGUUCAGAUGGUGGCGGACGAGCAAGAUGGCCCUGCGGCUGAGGAGACGGAGGGAUUCGGCGCAGACGUGGGAGAGGAGGAUCCGCUGCAUGAGGUCGUAUAAGUCGACCGAUGGUGAAGGCAAGAGUCAAGAUACCCAAAAUCGCACUACGCGUCGUGUUGUGUCCCACGAAGCUCAGAGAGAGAGCCUAGAUGUGACCUCUGGACGUAGACACUAUUUUCAUUGGUCGAAAUUGCUAUAUCGAAAAAUCGUUUCUCUGA